AUGACGGAACUUGAGCAUCUCCGCAAUGGAGAUGCCGUUGACGGCGGCCAAGUCAAUGGCAAAGACAGUGUGCUGAAUGGCAGCCCAGUCCAGCAAGAGGAGCUGCAGCCAAGAAGCGAGAUGAGCACCUCCGACUAUUCGAUUCGCGAGACUCCAAUGGGAACAAGGCGUAAGCUGAAGAUCAUCUUCAUGGGCAUGGGCUGCAGUGGCAUCGACUUUGCUCGACAGCUCGAGCGGCGCAUGCAAGACGUCACAUUAGUCAUUUAUGAGAAGAACAGUGACCUUGGCGGGACUUGGCUCGAGAACAGAUACCCUGGCUGUGCUUGCGACAUUCCUAGUGUAUGUUACCAAUACAGCUGGGCGAGGAAACCGGACUGGUCUCAGUAUUACUCUGGCUCUCCUGAGAUACACCAGUAUUUCAAGGACGUGGCCGAGAAGUCUGAUGUCGUGAAGUAUUGCCAAUUCAACCACAAAAUCAUCCAUGCAGAAUGGCUGCAGACGGGCCGGUGGAAGAUCACAGUUAUGCGGAACAACAAUCCCUACGACACCUUUGACGAUCAUGCCGACUUCUUCCUCCACGGAGGCGGCGUGCUCAACAACUGGAGAUGGCCUAGCAUCAAGGGUCUACACUCUUUCAAGGGACCUACUCUUCACACUGCGCGCUGGGAUCACAAGGUCGAGCUCAAAGGGAAACGCGUGCUCCAGAUCGGAAUCGGCAGCUCGGGAGUUCAAGUCAUCCCCGCCAUCAUCGAUGACGUGGAUCAGCUCUACGUAGUGGCACGGUCUUCCGUCUGGAUCACGGCGGGGUUCGCACCCACGUAUGCCGGACAGCAGGGAACCAACUUCAAUUACUCUGACGAGACCAAGGAGAAGUUCCGGUCCGAUGAGGACUUCUAUCUAUCGUACUGCAAAGCCAUCGAGUCGGAGCUCAACGUAAGGUUCAAGUUCCUCAUCAAGGGAUCUCAGGAUGCCAUCGACUCGAGGGAAUACUCCAUCCAGGAGAUGCGACGCAAGUUGGCUCCCAAACCCGAACUGAUGAACAAGAUCAUUCCCACGGACUUUGGCGUCGGCUGCAGACGCCCGACUCCGGGAAAUGGCUUUCUUGAGGCUUUGUGUCUAGAAAAGACCACUGUUCUGACCCAGGAGAUCCGGGAGAUCACACCAACGGGCUUCAUCGACGCCGAGGGGGUGGCGCAUGAAGUUGAUGUUGUGAUAUGCGCAACUGGCUUCGAUACGAGCUUCCGUCCAACAUUCCCUAUCAUGGUCGACGGCAAGAAUGUGCAAGACGCUUUCAAUGACGACACAAUUGGAUAUCUCGGCCUGUCCACCCCCAAUGUGCCAAACUAUUUCAUCUUUAUUGCGCCGUACGGACCCCUAGGACACGGUUCGGUCGUACCCAUGGUCGAGGCAUAUACAAACUACAUCAUCCAGGUCCUCGAGAAGGUGCAGGUCGAGGACAUCAGAAGCGUACGGGUGAAGCAAUCUGUAGCCGAGAGCUUUACCCGCCACGCAGACCUUUACCUCAAGCGCACCGCUUGGUCAGACCCAUGCAGCUCCUGGUUCAAGAACGGCCAGAAGGGCAUGAAACCCCUAUGCUGGCCCGGCUCGCGAGUUCACUACCUUACCAUGUUGCAAAAGCCGAGGUUCGAGGACUUUGACAUUGACUAUCUCUCGGGCAAUCCAUUCAAUUUCCUCGGCAACGGAUUCGACACCCGAGAGUUUGAUGGACGUGAUCUCACGUGGUACUACGGCUUACUCAACGGCGAAGACAAGCAACCGAAAACCGCUCCUGCGCCUGUCUUCUAG